AUGGAGAAUUCAUCAAGUAUGGAAACUCCGAGUCUCGAAAAAAGAGAUGAUUGUCUCGCAGAACAUGCAAACCGAGUGCGAAAGGUCGCGGAUUGGCAAGUCCUCCCAUUACUUCUCUUUGGAUUUGCGACAUAUCAGUUAGACCGAACCAAUAUCUCCAGUGCCUUAACAGGAGGAUUGGCAUCUGCGAUUGGAGUCGAUCAGAAUACCAUUAACCUGGGGAAUCAACUGAUGUAUACUGGUGUAAUUGUCCUUGAGAUUACCUCCAGUAUUGUCUUACACAGAGUUGGUCCAAGAUGGUGGAUCGGUGGUCAAGUCUUAAUAGUUGGGAUCAUUGCAGCUAUGCAGGUCUUUAUUCGGAACAAAACGGGCUUUCUCUUGACACGCGCUCUUCUUGGUCUAGCUGAAGCUGGAUACAUCCCAGGUGCUAUGUUCACUUUGUCAACAUGGUAUACCAAAGAGGAAUUGACGAAGCGCAUUGCGAUAUUCUUCUUUGGGAUGUUUGGUGGGACAGCUAUCUCCCCAUUAUUAGGUGCGGGGCUUUUACGAUUGAAUGGUCGAUGUGGGAUCUCUGGAUGGCAGUGGAUAUUUCUUGUGGAAGGGAUUUGGUCUGUGACCCUAUCCCUUAUGUUGAUGUUUCUUCUACCUGAAAGGAGUGCGUAUCAGCCAACUUGGGUAGAUGAGAAAGAAGAGAAGGAUGAACAGACACGAAGUCGAAUCCCUUUGACCGUGGUUUGGAAAACACUUACAAACGUUUACAAAUGGCCACACUUCCUGGCAACGGCUUGCAUUUUCUCAACUUGGUGUCCACUUACAACAUACUCUCCGAGCGUCAUCAUGUCGUUGGGACUCUCACGCGUACAGGCAAAUGCCUUGGCUGCAAUCGGGUUUCUACUCACUUUACCAGUUGUGCUAUUCUUCGCAUGGUUGAGUGAUAAGAUGAAGAAACGCGGUAUCACAGUUAUGAUUGCAAUCUCAGCGUAUCUCAUCGCCCUCAUAUGUCUCAGGACCAUACAGCCUCAUGUUGGUCGAUGGAGUAAAUUUGGUCUUUGGACAACUGUGAAUGGACUAGCAGUGGGCUAUCAUCCGAUUCAUAAUGCGUGGAUUCAGAUGAAUAGCCAGAGUCCUGAGGAGCGAAGUAUUGGAGUGGCUAUGUUUGUUAUGACUGCUACCAGUGGUCUUAUGGCAGGUACCCAGAUCUUCCGUCAAGAUGAAUCCUCAGAUUUCUAUCCCAGGGGUUUGAUUAUCAUGAUUGCUUUGGGAUAG